GCACGACUUGUCUAGCCAAUCGUUCAUUCGCAUAUGGGGUCUGACUGCUUGGUACUUUACUAAUCCCUAUGAAAUUGAUUUUCCUAAUCCGGUAUAACGUGGCGGGUCCAUGAUCUCACCUCGGUCAUAUAUGAUAUACAUCACCUCUUAACAAGGGCAAUCUCACGCCUGUCGUCUUCAAAUUGAUUUUCCGCAUACAGAAAGCCCAACAUGAGCUCGACACAGUUCUUGUUUCUGAAUGCGACCGGCACGUCGGAGUUGUCCCACUUGGACGCAAAGCAGAUGAGGGCCCACAUAACGAGGACCAAUUUCGCAAAGAGGCGCAAGCGAAUACAUGGUGACUUUGAAGCCAAGGCAGCCGAGACGAGUUCAAGCUACAACCCAGCCGUCUGGAAGGCAGCCAAGCCAGCGAGCCGGAGCACACGCAGUUGCGGUGACGACGUGCCGGCCCUACCGCUCACCGCGCAGCUUGCAGAGCAAUACUGUUACGCACAGUUCCUGUCCGGACUCUGGUCGCUCGUCUUCCAGGACGGGCGUGACUAUCCCACCAACGCGGACGAGGCGGCGUGGAUCGCGCUCCUGGUCUCCGAGCCCGCGCUCCUCGAGUCGUCCAUGGCAGUGGGGGCGCGCCACUGGUCGCCGGAUGCCUCGUUCCAGAGACAGGCCGAGGCGCACUGGUCGCGGGCCGCUGGCCUCGUCGCCCGGCGCAUCGGCUCCGGCGCUGCCGCCCACGUGGACGCCGUGCUCGGUGCUGUGCUGACCAUGGCGUUCGGGGAGCGCCUGAGGUGCGACGGCGAGGCCUGGGCUGUCCAUAUCGACGGGGCGGCACAGCUGAUCCGAGAGAGGCGCUCCCGCGGCGUCGGGGGGCUGCCAUCGUGGUUUUACGACCUGCUCAUCCUUGACUCGACCAACGAUCUGCUCGGGUUCCCGCGAUUCUACCACCGGAAGCUGGCCGACGAGGCCAGCGCUUACGGCCACCGGCCGCUCUCCGACGUGGCGGAUAUCUGCGACGGCCUCUCUAGGCUCCUGUGGUCGCUAGACGCGCACCGCAAGGACCAGCCAGGUCCAAUCUCCGCGGGAGAAGAAGUCGAGAUCACCACCACCAAACUGCUGAGCCAGGCCCGGGCCCUCCGGGCGCACGCCGGCCCGCACAUCCGCGCCACGUCCUGGACGGUGGAGCUGAUCCUCCACCUGUCCCGGGGCCAAGAGCCAGGAGCCGCCGACCUCGAGCCGGCCGCGGGGGAGCUGAGGGAGGCGCUGUGCGGGCUCCGACACCAGCCCUGCUCGUACAUGAACCUGACGUCCUGCACGCUCAUGAUCGGGGCCCUCGCGGCGGGGGCGGGGACGCCGACGCGGGCCUGGUUCGUGGGGGCGCUGGGGGGCGCGGUGCGUGCGUUGCGGUCGCGCGGCUGGGACGCGCCGCUGGAUAUCCUUGAGGGGGGCUUCGUGACCCAUCCUCUCUUCCAGGCGCGCUUCAGGUCCUUGUGGAAGGAACUAGACCGAUGACGUAUAGGAGUCUUGGUUGGUCACAUCUAAUAAGAAUGACCGAGAAAAGCUCUUGAUCACGCAUGUGAUGGUGAAGCACCAGAUGAUAUGAUAUGAUCGAUAUGUUUUCCAGUACCAUUGUACGUCGCACGUUAUGCCAAAGACCCCCCCUCUUCGAAUACUGGGUAUAGAAAGAACGUAUAUACAACUUCCUCUCUUCACACUAUCCUUCAAAAAAAAAAACCCUUAUUGAGAUGUGACAUCACAUAUCCUUUUCACCUCCUGCGCGCUCCUC